AUGGCGAAAUACGCGAAAACCCUUCCCCUUCCGCCUACUCCAACAUUGCCUAUCAUUGAAAUCGUGUUCGCACCAGCACACAUCGAGGCGCCUAUUCUGCACCCCUCAGCUGAGUUGAAGAUCCUUCAACUGGAGCCCACCGCAAGGGGAACAGUCAGCAUAUCCACACCUAUUCAACUCUACUCUGCUAUCCGCGUAUCCACUAUUCUGCAUUUUCACCUCAUCCGCAUUUCCACAUUUCCGCUUAUUCCGCCUUCCGCUACUUCGCCUAUUCCGCGCAUCCGCAUAUCCGCCUUUUCCGCUAUUCCGCCUAAAUCGCGAAAUUCGCGAUUCACGUGCCUCCGCUUUCACGCUAUGAAUGCGCCAGUAGAUUCCCUUGGCAUGCCUUUGCGCACAUACAGUGCAGCUCCACGUUUUGGAGGUGACUACACUCAGCUGGUCAACUUCCUGGAGUCAGUAGAACGACUUGCGCAAACCACUUGGGCUGUCAGAUAA